AUGGUUUCAGCAAAGGACUUCAGAGAUAGACUUAGGCAGGGGGCUGAUGGCACUUGGGGAGAUGACACCUCGAAGCUCAAGAGCCUCGUUGCUGACUGGGUGAAUCGUGAAUUGAAACCUAAUCCCCCCAUUGAUCCCAAUGACAAAAACUGCAGAGGAUUCAUCAAUGAUGCCUGUGGUAGACUACUUUGCCCAACCAAGUUGGACUGGAGCAACCCAAUCGUCAGAGCAGGGAUCAGGGAUCGUGUGGAUGGCUAUGUCGUGAUGGAGAUGUCCUGGCCAGCAUUUCUGUAUGAAAAGUAUACAGCCAAUCAAGACAAUCUAGAGGAGGGCCUAUUUAAGAGCAGUCUUUUAGUCCAAAAAGUCAAGAUGCACAUAGCGCAAAUAAUCAAAAUGCAUAAAGUCACUCCCCGUUCGAUUGCCUAUGUAUCAUGUCAAUUGCGAUUUGCCCUUUCUUCUGUGACCUCGUGGCGCUCUAUUGAUGGUGACUUCGACUAUACCCCGUUUUGGCACAGCAUCGUAGAUUUCUUUGAACGGCCCCCUGGUCACACAGCGUGGUGAAAAGUUGAGCGACUCCUGGCAUGGUGGACGAUGAAAGUCUUUGGAACAAGUCGUCGUGCGGAACUCAGUGACGGGGCGAAGGCUAAUAUUUACUUU